AACUCGAAAAGUAUGUCAUGUAGCGUAGUCAGAAUGCGGCCUGGCACAACGUCCUUGGGUGCUCGUUCUGCAGACCUGUGGCCUGUCUAUGUAUGGGGAAAGAAUCCAAAAGUCAAUGGAGCAGAAGUGGUUCCAGGGCAGUCGGCACGCAUAAGGGACGGAGGCACAAUUCAAGUUGAUGAAGGUUCAGCAGUGGAUCUUCUUUAUCUGGUUGAGAAGAAGGCGACGAAAAAAUGAGCAUGGAAGGGUACGGUUCCCAGGUCGCAGUCAGCAGGCUUUCAAGGGUCGAGUUACCGGCCCAGGUGAUCCUGGGUGCAGAGUAGCGAGGCUUUGGAGAUCAAGGUAUGGGUCCAGGUCGCAGUUCGCGUAUUCUUCGAGGUCGAGAUGGGGUUCCAGGUCGCAAUUCGCGUAUCUUUCGAGGUCGAGAUGGGGGUCCAGGUCGCAGCCACUUUGCACUUACCUCUUUUCCCAACUCCUUGGUGUGCCUGUCCCGAGUCCACCCCAGUUGUGCCAGCUUCAGGUGAUGCAUGGAAAUUGUUGGAAGCAGUGAUCGGAUCUGCAGCGGGAACUUGGCUCGCUGCACCAGAAUAAGUGAGUUAGCAGUAGUCCAUCGCUAUCACUCUUGGGAAACCAAACUCACUUGUCUUAUCUCCAAGUGAAAUUCUAAUCCAAGCUGUCGAC